AUGCGUACCGCUGCACUCUUCUGGCUUGCACCUGCAGCACUAGCCAGUGCCAUUCCAUCUUUGGAAGAGGCCUCUCCCGCUGUCUCAUUCGACAAGAGACAGAAUGUCUCUCCAAACCUCCCCGGACCAAAGAUCCUGCAAGCUGAUGUGUACGCGGGUAUUGCUGCCAUCAAUCAGCAGAUCUUCCAGGCUACGCAGAAGCCUGACCAAUUCAAGAAGUGCAACCCCACGAACAUCAUUGUUCGCAAGGAAUGGGUGACUUUUACUAAAUCGGAGAAGAAAGACUACGUCAAGGCUGUUCAGUGCAUCUCCAAGCUACCCCCUAAGACACCCGAGUCCGAGUGCCCGGGUUGCCGGAACCGAUACGAUGACUUUGUCGCUACUCACAUCAAGCAAACAUUCGCCAUCCACAACACUGGCAACUUCCUUCCAUGGCACCGCUACUUUACCUAUGCCUACGAGAAAACUAUCCGUGACGAGUGCGGUUACAAGGGCUACCAGCCAUACUACAACUGGCCACGAUGGGCUGACGACCCAGCGAAGAGCCCUGUCCUAGACGGCUCGGAUACCUCAAUGGGCGGUAACGGUGAUGCAGGCUGCAGCAACCAGACGUUCUACGGUAUCCCGACCAACGAGUCGCCUCUCAUCAAGAUUCCCAAGGGCACUGGCGGAGGUUGCGUGACGUCUGGUCCAUUCAAGGAUUGGUCUGUCAACCUUGGUCCCGUCUUCACCGACGCACUCUGCACGCCUGAGAACCCAAUCACUUAUAACUCCUCCACCCCUUGGAAUGCCGGUGUCGGAUACAACCCCCGCUGCCUGAAGCGUGACAUCUCUUCUUGGUCCUCCAGCCAAUGGACCAACGAUGAGAUGGUUGUCAAACUGCUGAACAGCCCUGACAUGAAGACCUUUUGGUACGACAUGCAAGGUGGCGAAUCCGCGUUUUCCAACAACUUCAUGGGUGUGCACACUGCUGGUCACUUCACCGUGGGCGGAGACCCCGGUUCUGAUUUCUUCACCUCCCCUGGUGAUCCAUACUUCUACUUCCAUCACGCCCAGAUCGACCGUGUGUGGUGGUCAUGGCAGAACGUAAACCCCGCGGAAAGGACUAACGCCAUCUACGGAACCAUCGCCCUCGGUGACCCCACCGCUCCUGCGACCAAGCUCACCGACAUUAUGACCCUCGAACACGCCUACCCCGGAAACAUCACUGUUGGUGAUGCGAUGAGCACCAUGGGUGGACCUUUCUGCUACACCUACAUCUAG